AUGGCUGACUCCCUAAAAUACCCAGUGAUGGGGCAACAACUCUCCCAUACUAACAGCCGACCUCGAAAAUGGUCACGGGCAACCGCUUUCUGGUCGGUAGUAGGCCUGGGAACCCUGUGCCUGACCGGUUUCCGUGGGUUGCCCACCCAGCACCGCUGGUUCUUUCCAGACAAGCACACCCACAACCAGCAUUGCUCUCAGACUCAAGUACAUGAUUCGCCCUAUGGAUCAUUCCCGCAAGAGAACGACCCGUUCCAUUUUCUACCCUGCACCAAUGCUAGUCGCCCACCGCCGCUGGACGAUCCAGCACCGCAAGAUUCAUGGGCCGCGCUGUUCGAUCCAAAUCCCAGCCAUUGGAGCUGGGGUAGCAAUGGUCGGGGCAUCUACCUGUGUGGAUAUCUAGAUCUCCCGCUAGACUACCAUAACCGGUCGGAUACUCGUAUAGUCCGCAUUGCAGUGACCAAAUUCCAGGUCGCGGGCCUACCUCUCAAGAACGGCUCUGAUACUUCCCCGGACAGCUCUAGUAGCCUCAACAGCUACAAGAGUAAGCGCACACUCAUCAUCGAGCCCGGCGGUCCGGGCGGAAGUGGAACAUCUUACCUCUGGGAGACUGCGGAGGAAAUGACCAACCGCUUCAGCGAGGGACAACUCGAUGUACUAGGCUGGGAUCCACGGGGAGUCAACAUCUCCCUCCCCUCUGCGUCAUGCUACCCCCAAGACGCGCACCGAGACCGCUGGUCCCUUCUCGCACUGCGGUAUCGCGAAGAGGCUCCGCCAGCGCAACUGGAGAUGAUGGACGCCAUGAACAACGCCACGUUCUUUGCCUGCCAGCAACGCCUGGGCGAUUUCGGGCGCUUCGUCAGCACGGCAUUUGUGGCUCGCGAUCUUGAUGAGAUCCGGAAAGCGCUGGGCGAAGACGAAGUUACAGGGUACUUUGUCAGCUAUGGGACCGGCAUCGGCCAGACGUAUGUUAAUAUGUUUCCCAACCGAGCGGGUCGUUUGAUCCUCGAUGGGACGGAGUACGUCCGUGAUCACCGGCUCCUAGGCGGCUUCGGAUGGACGUCUCUCGACAAUACGACUGAUGCAUGGCGCGACGGGUUCCUGGGCGAGUGUAUCAAGGCUGGACCAGACGCGUGCGCAUUAGCAAAACCCAGACCCGGCCACAACGGUCCCGUCACGCUAGAACAUCUAGAACAACGCAUGACGCGACUCCUCGCCUCUCUCCAAGCCCGCCCUCAAUCCGCAUAUACCCAACCAGGCGGUCCAUCGCUAGUGACCUACUCGGCUCUCGUGGAAAACGUGCUCUACCCAGCCAUGUACAGACCAGCAAACUGGCCCAGCACAGCCCAACUCCUCUACGACCUCGAAUCAGGAAACGCAACCCUAGCAGCAACCCAGCUCGACCUCGCCUGGAGCGGCCACUCCCAUUCCGAAACCCCCUCAUCCACCGAACUCGACCUCCUCGUAAUCUGCUCCGACUCCCACGACGCACCGAUACCAGACGGCCUGACCUGGUGGAACUCCCUAUGGACCAACAUGACAUCUCAAAGCUGGAUAGCUGGCAACUCGCGCUUCUUCGCCGUCCUACCCUGCCGCCACUACGCCACCUACUGGGGCCGUCCCUCCGAGGUAUACCGCGGGGAUCUGAACAACACGCUCAAGACGCCGGUGUUACUGAUUGCUUCGACGUACGAUCCCGCGACGCCGCUGCGUAAUGGGCGGAGGCUUUUGGAGGAGAUGGGUUCGAAUGCGCGGUUGAUUGUGCAUCAUGCGUAUGGGCAUAGUUCUAGGCGGGAUUGGUCGGAUUGUACGGAUGGCGUGGCGAGGGGUUAUAUUAUGGAGGGUGUUUUGCCUGUGGAGAGGGAAGUGCAUUGCUAUGCUAAUAGGAAGCCUUAUGUGAGUGGUUUAGGCGGUGGUAGUGUCUAG